AUGAAAGUAGAAAGUCAACAAUCACAGCCACGCGCGUCUUGUAGAACACUCAAAGUUUCCUGUUUUAGUCAAUGUCUCAAAUGAAAUGGCAGAAGGAUUAUGAAGUAAAACUUAUUUAUCCAUGCAGAACUGCUAAGUUAUUGAUAAUUCUUACAGUUUUAAACGCGUUUGUUUGUUUUAUAUCAUCCAAAGUGGGCCUGAACGAACAUGGAAUAGAAUGGAUUCUGGCCUCUCAUGUUGGUGUGGCAACCUUGGCAUGUCUGUUGGUUUUCAAAUUUGAGAGUAAAUCUGAGAGCAUGUUAGUAGUGCCAGCAGUUGGAAUCAAUGUUUCCAGUGUUAACAGAUUGGGGCAAGUAAAUACAGAGUUCUUUCCAAGGCAGCUUGUUCAAGAUGUAGUGAUUGUGGAAGCUAUAAUCAUGCAGAGGUUGGCCACAUAUCUUGCAAUUCUUUAUCAAGACCCUACUUCAGGCCAGAAGAAAAUAAGGCCAAUGUUCUUGAAAUCCAGAUUAAAAAUAGAUGAAUUAAAGUCAAUUUACCAGAAAGUGCAGAAGAAUCUCAAUUUUGUAUCAGAAAAGAAGAGUUGACCAAGGCUGUAAUAGGAAUUUUAAAGUGAACAAUCUAGAGCUCUACAAACACUUUCGCUAUUUUUUUGUCUUCAUAGUUGAAGGCUAGGAGGCACAUAGCUUUUGGCCUGUCUGCCUGUUUAUUUACAGAAACUCUGCUAUAAGUUUUGUUAGAGCUUGUGUAUUCCUAUUGCCAAGACAUUUCUUAAGCUGAUGUAUCAAAUUUUAAUCAUUUUAACGUUGGCCUUGCAGUUUCACCCAGUUUUUCAGUAAUUUACAAAAUAACAUUGGCUAUUACUGUAGAUUCCUAAUUAUACGCGAGGAUUUAAUUUCCGCGUAAUUUCGCGAGAAGCAUCACUCGUGAAAAAAUAUUACUCGCUUUUAUUAGCUCACCUGAGCCGAAGGCUCAAGUGAGCUUUUCUGAUUAAAAUUUGUCCGUCGUCUGUCGUUGUCGUAAACUUUUCACAUUUUCAUCUUCUUCUCAAGAUCCGCUGGGCCAAUUUCAACCAAACUUGCCACAAAGUAUCCUUGGGUGAAGGGGAUUCAAUUUUUUUCAAAUGAAGGGCCACACCCCUUUUCAAGGGGAGAUAAUUAUGAAUUAGAGAAAAAUUAAUGGCUUUUUUAAAAAAUCUUCUUCUCAAGAACCACUGGGCCAGGAAAGAUGAAACUCAUAUGGAAUCAUCCUCAGGUAGUAUAGAUUCAAGUUUGUUCAAAUCAUGACCCCCGGGAGUAGGAUGGGGCCAAAAUGGUCGAUCAAAGUUUUACAUAAGAAUAUAUAGGAAAAAUCUUUAAAAAUCUUCUUCUCCAGAACCACUGGGCCAGAAAGAUGAAACUCAUGUGGAAUCAUCCUCAGGUAGUGUAGAUUCAAGUUUGUUCAAAUCAUGAUCCCCAGGGGGAGGGUGGGGCCAAAAUGGCUGAUCAAAAUUUAACAUAGGAAUGUACAGGGCAACCUUUUAAAAUCUUCUUUUCAAGUAUUUCAAAGCCAUGAUUAGUAGUAUUUAUAUGGAAUCAUCCUCAGGUAGUGUAGAUUCUAGUUUGUUUAAAUUAUGAUCCGGGGGGGGGGGGGUGGUUAAAAUUUAAGCCCCCACCCACCUCAGUAAACUUUUAGUUCUGAUCUGAUAUGUGCUUUUUCCUAGCCGAUGCACUCAGGUGAGUGCUGUGGCCCCUAGGCCUCUUGUUUUUAUGGUGCUGAAAUCUAUGUAAAUUCUGUUAAUCAACCGUCCAUUCGCGAAUUAUAAUUCUCACAAUUUGACGUUAAAGAGCCAGUUUGCGAUAAAAAGUACUCGCGAAAAAUAAGGAAUCUACAGUACUUUUAACAAAUGGUGCUACAGGUAAAACUUUUUUUGUAUUGAUAAGAACUUAAUUAACUUUAUGCCAUUAUUUCUAACCUUUUGAUCUUCACCUUGGAGUUUGAAAAACUUCAAUCAUUAGCGAUAAGUCUUAGGGUGCUAAGGCUUUCUUAUUUUACUGCUUAUACAUGUACCUUUCCUUUGAUUCCAACAUCUGUGACCUUUCGACAAUAUUUUGAUCUUUUAUUCUUAACCUUGGCAUUUGACUAAAUUUUUAAAACCUUGGCCAUUAUUUCGAUCAAUGGCUUUCAUAUUUCUGUUUUUUAGCUCUACUAUAAUAGUAAGGAAUCUGUUGACCAUCCGUCUAUCUGUCCGUCCAUUGUCUUUAAACAAUUUUUCAAUUGCUACUCCUCCUACAGUUUUGCUCUGAUUUCAAUAUUACUUGGCACGCACGUAGACUACAGUAAGAUACAUAGUUCUAUAUAUCGAUUUUAGAUUUUGAUGAAUGGUAUUGGCAUGGUUACUAAAAGUAGAAAUUUCUUUGAAAUAAAUUAAAAAUGCUGCUCCUACAGUUUUGGUCUUGUUACAAUAAAUCUUGCCAAGAAAAAGACUAAAGCAAUGUUUUUUUUUUUAAGUAUGCUGUUGCAAAGUUUCAAGUUCAAAUGCUAACUUUCUCUUCCUUUGUUUUCAGUAUAAAACAAGUGGAACUAAUAAGUCUCUGACAAUACCUUAAUUUCUUUGACUAACAAGAUAUUGGAUCUGCAUCUUGGAUUCUGACUUGCAUUUGUUUAACCUUGACCAAGCUGUUAUCUUUAAUAUGUGUAGGGCAUCAUGUUUCACAAACACAUGUAUUGUUAUUUUUGUUAAUGAACAAUAUUAUUAUUAUUAUAUAUAGUAGUCUAUUUUAUUAUUUAGUGUUUCUUUUUCAUUUGAUUGUCAAUAUGCUCUCCCACCUCAUUUGUACUUUUAUACAUCUUUAUUUAUUGUAUUAAAUAUAAUUAGAACACUAA